CAGUUCUUUUAUUUUCGAGAGUGGUCAUUGGAGAUUUUUCAAUGUGAAUAAACUGUGUUCAGUCUGUUAUUGACUGUUACAGCGAUUGGUUCGAUUUCAUAUAUAUUUCUUCUGUCUUUUUGAAAUUUUAAGCUUCCAACUAUUAACUAAUAACUUAAGAAUGAAAUUUGAAAGUAAGAGUGCUGCUUAUCCAUACCUUUACGAGGCUAAGGAUGACAGUGGAAAGUGCCUUGGUCGAACACCUCUUGGAUGGUUGCAACUUACCGUUUUCUACAUCAUCUUCUACUCAUGUCUCUCUGCUUUUUGGGGAACAGCUUUAUGGCUUUUCUAUAAAACAGUUGAUCCAGUGGUUCCCAAUUACGUGCUUGAUGAUAGUCUUAUUGGAACUAAUCCAGGAAUGGGAUUCCGACCAGCACCACCGAAAGGCAAUUCAGAUACCGCAAUGGUGUGGUACCAAAUAAACGAUGAAGAUUCUCAGCAAUAUUGGAUAGAUGACCUAGAUAAAUUUUUAUCACCAUACCUAAGGAAUGAUUCUGUUCCAACGGUCAAUUGCCCUAGUGAGAGACCAACGCCAGGAAGGCCUUGUGAAUUCGACGUCGAAUCAUUAAGAAUGGGUCCAUGCAAAUCAGAAUUUGGUUAUGGUUAUCCCGAUGGAAAACCUUGUGUCUUUAUGAAACUUAAUAAGAUAUUUGAUUGGAAACCACAAGUUUAUUCGAAUGCUACUCGUCCAAAGGAUCCGAAAAUGCCAAAAGAAUUGCAAACACUUGCCUUACGAACUAAUCCUCAAGAUGCAUUAAUUUGGAUGUCAUGUGAAGGGGAAAGUCCAGCAGAUCGAGAGAAUAUUGGAAAAAUUGAUUAUUAUCCCAAGGGACAACAAGGUUUCCCUACUUACUACUACCCGUACAAGAAUGCCAAGAAUUAUCUACAACCUCUUGUCGCUGUUCAUUUCAGGGAACCAACAAUGUCAAUUAUCAUUCUUUUGGCUAUCAUCGUGUUAACGAUUGUUCUGAUUGUAUUAAUUAUCAUUGCAAUCUAUCCAUUCGAGAACGAUAUUUAUUUACGUCCGCUACCACUCAAUACAAAUAAGUUUAGCACACCUUCCAUUAAAAUUAAUGAUGAAAACGAUACAAACAUAAAAUAUCUUAUUGAAGACAUGGAGAAAUUUUUAGGACCUUAUUCGUAUGCUGCUGGGGAGAAGAAUCGAGUCGAAUGUGGUUUCGAUAAGCCAUUGCCACAUCCUGGAAAAUUUUGUAUAGUUGAUAUCUCAGCUGGAAGCUUACGUGAAUGUUCAAAAGAAAAUGGAUUUGGAUAUUCAAACUUACAACCUUGCGUGUUUUUAUAUCUCAACCAGGAUCACGAUUGGAAGCCGGAAUAUUACGACAACACACAGAAAUUGCCUGAUGAAAUGCCAAAUUUCUUACAAAACAUCAUUAAUAGUCUCAAUGAGACUGAUCCAAGAAACGACAUGGUUUGGGUGUCUUGCGACAGUGAUAGAGAUGACAUUGGCAACAUAAACUACUUUCCGAACCCAGGGUUUCCUGGUUAUUUUUAUUACUAUUCGAAUGAAGGUAAUGAGACGCCACCAUUCGUAGCGAUUCAAUUUGAAAAUCUUACAACGAAAAUUUUUGGUUUCUACAUAAUUUUCUAUUCUUGUCUCGCGCUAUUUUGUUUCAUAUAUUAUACUUUAUUCAGUAAAACAUUGAAUAAUCAUUUGCCAAAGUAUAUUCUGCAAGAAAGUUUGAUUGGAACAAAUCCUGGUCUAGGCUUUCGACCAACACCAGUAUAUGAAGGCACGAAUGUUGAAAACAGUUUGAUUUGGCUACAAUCAGGCGAUCCAGAAAGUGUGCAAAAUUGGACGAAAUUAGUCGACGACUUUUUGAAACCGUAUGAUUCAUACGACUUCAAAACUUGUGGAAAAGAUUAUAAUUAUGGUUACUCAACUGCUCAACCUUGCGUUUUUCUGAAACUGAACAAAAUUUAUGGAUGGAUGCCCAAUAUUUAUAAUAAAGGAGAAGUUUUGCCUGAAUCAAUGCCUCAAGGUUUAAAAGACAACAUAAAUUCGGAGGAUAAAAAUUUAAUUUGGGUUUCUUGCGAAGCUGAAAAUCCUGCUGACUUUGAACAUAUUGGAAGAAUUUCGUAUUAUCCUGAUCAAGGUUUUCCAGCUUCAUUCUAUCCCUACAAAAACCAGAAGAACUACUUGCAGCCAAUUAUUGCUGUGCAAUUCAAAUCACCAAAAAAAAAUGUUCUCAUUUAUGUUGAAUGCAAGGCAUGGGAUCCAAAAAUCACUUACGAUCGUGCUGACAGGAAGGGAUCAGUUCAUUUUGAGAUAUUAAUUGAUUAAUUAUGAGGAAGUAUGAUCGUGAAGAAAUUCUCCGAUAGUUUUAUCAGAUUAAUAUGUGUUUGUGAACGUUAGUUUUAUCAAAAGUUCCUAGAUAAAAAUUUAAGUUCAUUUGUUGGAUUCGAUUUGUGAACAUCAUGUACAGAACAGAGAAGAAAUUAAUAUUUAUUGUCAUUGGCUUUUCAUAAAUUAUAAAUAUUUGAAUAAAAUAAUAUUUAAAUUGACUUUGAAACUAUAAAUAUUUGAUUCACGAGCGACAGUUGAAAGCAGCUUAACGUUAUUGGAUGAAUUCGUUUAAAAAUUAUUCGGUUUUGC